CAAAACAUUACCCCUUUCCGAGCGCAACACGGGGAAAGCGCGGCUUUGGUUCCAAAGUGCACUGAUAGAAGCGACCCAUACGAGACCGGGCCUUAAAAAGUCUUCCAAACGCGUGUGUGUUCAUCGAGUGACGAAAUAUCUUUCUACCUUACAACAUUUGUGAUUUCUUCAAGCUUUUAUCUCAAACAAACGUGUUUCUACAGAAUGGCUAGCGGGAAGCUAUUUCGUGCCAUAAUCAUGGGUGCACCCGGGUCAGGCAAAGGGACGGUAUCCGGCCGCAUUGUGAAAGUGUUUAACCUGAAGCACAUCAGUAGUGGUGAUUUGCUGCGAUCGAACAUCGAGAAGCGCACGGAGCUGGGAUUGAUCGCGGACAAGUACAUCCGGGAGGGCAAACUGGUGCCGGACAUUUACAUAACCAAGUGCAUACUGGGCGAGCUCAAGCAAAUCGCGACUAGCUCGUGGCUUUUGGACGGAUUCCCCCGCACACGUGAGCAGGCCGAUGAUCUGUGGAACCAGGAACGGAUCGAUUCCGUUAUCAAUUUGGAUGUGCCUUUCGAAGUGAUCAUCGAACGUAUCCAGAGCCGAUGGGUGCAUCUGCCCAGUGGGCGAGUGUACAAUGUAGGGUUUAACGACCCGAAAACGCCGGGUCGAGACGAUGUAACCGGGGAGCCGCUUAGUCAACGGCCAGACGAUAAUCCGGUGGCCGUAAGGAAACGGCUGGAGGUGUACGAUGCGUGCACGCGGCCUAUAAACGAUUACUUCGAUAAGAAGGGUGUGCUAGUUACGUUCAAGGGUAGCACCACGGACGAAAUUUGGCCCCACGUGAAACAAUACCUCGAAGCUAAGAUACAGUAAUGUGCGUGUAUCGCGCUACAGAACUCCCCUUGCCCAACAAAAUUCCACUGAAACAUACCGGCACAAAGUUGCACAGUAGUAGAUAAGAUAAAAGCAAAGUACGAUAUAUCGAUCGAACCCGAGAUAUCAUCUCGAAAGGUGGUUUGAUGUUAAUUCCACUGUGACGACAAUAAGCUAUUUGUAGGAUAAACAUAAACGAAACGAAUCAAACUUUUUUGUUUUAUAGAGAAAGCAUAUCAGUUUUGUCCCCGUUGGCAAGAGAUAACAUGAGAAUAAAAGUUGCUAAUGUGUACAGUUUA